UUUACCCUUCUUUCUCUCAACUAUAAUAUAUAUUUUUUUUGUUUUUCAAUUUUUCAAUUUUCAUCUUCUCUUCUCUUUCUCUCUCCCUCCUCUCUCUGUUUCCGAGUACCGUCAUGUCCACCUAUUAAAACCCUAAUUUUAUCGCUCUGCACUCUCACAGAAAAAUCUAAACGAUUCAAGGAAUUAUUUGACGCUAGGGAUUUAUGUCCUUCCAUCAAUCAAGGUCCGACAGAAGCGAGACACAGUUUCGAAAAUCAGGACGAUCCGCCGGCCCUAAUCAGCAGCGGACCUCCUCAGGCUCUUACGGUAAGGGCUCUGGCGGUGGGCCCGGCCCUUCACCACCGUCUAUUUCCUCUUCUCCCUCUCUUUCGUCUAGUCGCAGUUUUAAGAAGUCUCACAAUGCACAAGGAAGUCAAUAUAGGGUAAACGUCCCUAAUGUCAAUUCUUCGGAUUCCGGCAGUAAUGUUUCUGAAUCGCGAAGUGUACAGAAUGGUGCACACUCACAGUCUCAGUUACAUGUUAUAGGAGCAUUUGAGACACCGGUUGGUAGCAGUGCUUCCAAGCAAGUUGAAUCGUCUACCACUCAGAGGGGCACCGGAGCUGUUCCAAAGGCUCCAACUUCUCAACCUGCCUCCGUGAAUCCCGAAAGUACUGGACCUGCAAAUCAAUCAAAGGCUCAAGGAGAUGCAUCGAAGGGAUUCCAUUUUCAAUUUGGCUCAAUUGGGAUGCCGAUUCCAGCUCGAACUAGUUCAGCUCCCCCAAAUUUGGAUGAGCAGAAACGUGAUCAGGCACGCCAUGAAACUUACAGAUCAAUGCCAAUGCCAAUGCCAAAUUUGCCAACACCAUCUGCCUCUAAGCAGCAGUCGUCAAGGAAGGAUACUAGUGCUACUGCUCAACCUAGUCCUGGGGAAGUUCAUCAAGUGACAAAAACCAAAAAGGAAGUACACAUCUCGCAUCCUCCCACUGCAAAUCAAACGCAUAAGCCUUCUGUUCUUCCUAUGUCAAUGGCUUCUAUGCAAAUGCCUUUUCACCAGCAACAGGUAUCUGUGCAGUUUGGUGGGCAUAACCCGCAGAUGCAGUCUCAGAAUGUAACUGGUACCUCACUUCAAUUGCCACUUCCCAUUGCAUUACCCAUUGGAAAUGCUCCCCAAGUGCAGCAGCAUAUGUUUGUUCCUGGGCUCCAACCGCAUCCAAUGCAGCCUCAGGGAAUGAUGCAUCAGGGACAGGGCCUAAAUUUCACAGCUCAGAUGGGUCCUCCCCAGCUGGGAAAUAUGGGAAUUGGCAUUACCGCACAAUACCCCCAACAGCAGGGAGGGAAAUUUGCUAAUACUCGUAAGACACCAGUGAAAAUUACUCAUCCGGAAACACAUAAAGAGGUCAAACUUGAUGAACGAUCAGACACUCAUACGGAUGGUGGGGUUUCAGCCCCUAGGUCCCACACCAACAUUCCUCAAUCCCAGCCAAAUAAAUCGUUUGCACCUGCUCAUCAGAUGAAUUAUUCAUACAAUCCCAAUUCCAUGUUUUUUCCAGCUCCAGGCUCUGUACCAUUAACUAAUAGCCAGAUAACUCCCAAUUCUCAGGCACCAAGAUACAACUAUACUGUUAGCCAGGGUCCCCCUAAUAUAUCAUUUAUAAAUUCAACAACCAUUGGCUCCUUGCCAGUUAGUAAAAUUGGGGCUGCAAUGCCUGCUGUUGUGGAACCAUGGAACUCAGAUCAUUUUCGUGAUGUGCAUAGUAUAAUUUCUUCUGCUUCUUCAGGAACUGUACAGGUGACAGUUAAACCAGUCACAGUAUCUGUUGGAGAAAAGGUUGUAGACUCUUCUCUUUUGGAUACCUCGGUUGGUUUGUCAAAAUCUUCUAGACUGUCUGUGGAAGGUGGUGAAUCAACUGUUCCUAAGUCAUUUCAGGCAGCUAUUAAACAGUCUUCAUCAGUUUCCACUGCUGCCUCUUCUGAGAACCUGACAAUGUCUUCUGGUUCAACUGCUCCAUCUGAGGAGCCUGCACCAGUUGCUACCAAUGAGGAAGACAAGAGAAGAGAAAGUUUGAGUAGGUCAAGCUCAAUCAAGGAUCAUCAAAAGAAGCCAGCCAAAAAAGAACAGGUCCAGCCUCAGCAGCAGGUUGGUGGACUAUCUACUUCAACAUCAAGCUUGGCUUUGCAGGCUUCAGAGCCUGGUAUAUCUUCCAGCAGUGAAGUUUCUGAUCCUGUAGAAGUGAAAACAAAUACCAUUACAAAAGUAACUAGUAAAGGUUUGUCAGAAGUAAGCAGAGAAUUGGUGUCAACUGUUGAUGUUUCAACUUCUGCUCCUGAGUCAAAGGCUGAAAUUUCUGGUGCUGUGAACAACUAUAGUUCCUUGGAUGUUGUUCAAAAUGCUAAUGUGAAUCUUGCUGAACCUGCUCCAUGGGAAUGCUCGAUAACAGAAGAACAAGUGGAAGAGACAUUGCGUGAAAGGUCCAAGCAAGAUAGUAAUACCGUUCAUAUUCCUUCUCAACCACUUACUUCAAGAUAUUCUGAACUUGAUGGCCAAACUCAACCAGAACCAGUGUUGAAGACAGCAGCUAUCAGCAAUGAUGUUUCAGUUGUUGGAACCGCUGAGAGAAGGUUGGAUGAACCUUCAAGUAUUUGUAAAGAAGUUGGCACUAGCAGGGUAUCUGACAACAUGUCUACCGAUAGAGCCAUGGGUUCAACAGAUGUUGAAAGUUUACAUGGCAGUAAGACCUCAACUGUGGAUGCCUCUUCAAGCAGAAGUUGUGCAACAGACCAGAACUCUGCUCACUCUAUAACCGCCGAAACUCCUGGAGAAAUUAUGAAAAAUGAAGGGGAAGGUCUGGAGAACAUGGGGGCUGGAUUGGCAUCACUUCCAACAACUGGUACCAAAGAGAAGCCUGUACCAGAAUUAACUAGGUCAAAGAGCACUACUGGUAAAGCUAAGAAGAAGAGGAAAGAAAUUCUUCAGAAAGCAGAUGCUGCUGGGACAACUUCUGAUCUGUACAUGGCUUAUAAGGGUCCCGAAGAGAAGAAGGAGGUUGUUUUGCCUUUAGAAACUGUGGAAAACUUAUCUACUGUUGUUAAUUUAAAACAGUCACCUGUAGUUGCUGUAGCAAGUGAGAAAGUUGUGCAGAGUAAAAUGGAGCCUGAUGAUUGGGAAGAUGCAGCUGACAUCUCCACACCUAAAUUAGAACCCUCAGGUGUUGGGGAACAGUCUACAAGACCAUUGGUGCAAAACAAGGACAACAGAGAUGGGAACCUGGGAAAAAAGUACUCCAGAGAUUUCCUCCUGAAAUUUUCUGAGCAAUGUACUGAGCUUCCAGAUGGCUUUGAGAUUGCAUCUGAUAUUGCGGAGGUCUUGAUGGGUACUAAUAUCAGUGUCUCUCAUCUUGUUGAUCGUGAUUCAUACCCUAGUCCUGGAAGAGUAAUGGAUAGGCAGACUGGGGGACCACGAAUGGAUCGUCGUGGUGGCACAAUGGUUGAUGAUGACAGGUGGGGUAGAGUACCUGGAUCAAAUUUGGGGAGGGAUAUGCGUCUGGAUGUCAGUUAUGGUGGUAAUACAGGAUUUCGACCUGGCCAAGGAGGUAACUACGGUGUCCUAAGAAAUCCACGGGUGCAGAUGCCUGUGCAGUAUGCCGGAGGGAUCUUAUCUGGGCCUAUGCAGUCUAUGGGUCCUCAGGGUGGGAUGCAGAGAAGUAGUCCUGAUGCUGACAGGUGGCAACGUGCUACAAAUUUCCAGCAGAAGGGUUUAAUUCCUUCUCCAACUCCAUUACAGGUCAUGCACAAAGCAGAGAAGAAGUAUCAAGUGGGUGAAGUGGCAGAUGAGGAAGAAGCCAAACAGCGGCAGCUGAAAGCUAUUCUGAACAAGCUAACACCUCAGAAUUUUGAUAAACUUUUUGAGCAAGUAAAAGCAGUAAAUAUUGACAAUGCUGUAACACUUACUGGUGUCAUCUCUCAAAUUUUUGAUAAAGCUUUGAUGGAGCCUACAUUCUGUGAGAUGUAUGCAAACUUCUGCUUUUAUCUUGCUGGGGAGUUGCCUGAUUUUAGUGAAGACAAUGAAAAGAUUACUUUUAAGAGAUUGCUGCUGAACAAAUGCCAAGAGGAAUUUGAGAGAGGGGAGCGAGAGCAAGAAGAAGCUAACAAAGUUGACAAAGAAGGUGAGAAUAAGCAGUCUGAUGAGGAAAGAGAAGAAAAGAGAAUUAAGGCCCGAAGACGGAUGCUUGGUAACAUUAGGCUGAUUGGUGAGCUGUACAAGAAGAAAAUGUUGACUGAAAGAAUUAUGCAUGAAUGUAUCCAGAAGUUGCUGGGUCAGUAUGAGAGUCCUGAUGAGGAAGAUGUUGAAGCUUUGUGUAAAUUGAUGAGCACAAUAGGGGAAAUGAUAGACCAUCCCAAAGCCAGAGAGCAUAUGGAUGCAUAUUUUGAUAGGAUGGCGAAGUUGUCAAGCAAUAUGAAGUUAUCGUCUAGAGUUAGGUUUAUGUUGAAGGAUGCAAUUGAGUUGAGGAAUAAUAAGUGGCAGCAGAGGAGGAAGGUUGAAGGACCAAAAAAGAUUGAGGAAGUGCACAGAGAUGCUGCACAAGAACGGCAAGCUCAAACUAAUAGGCUGGCAAGAGGUUCUGGUAUGAAUUCUUUGUCAAGAAGGGCAGCUAUGGAUUUUGGUCCUAGAUCAGCUAUGUUAUCUUCCCCAACUUCUCAGAUGGGUGGUUUUCGUGGGUUGCCCUCUCAAAGUCGUGGUUAUCUUAUUCAGGAUGUACGAAUGGAUGAUAGGCAAUCAUAUGAUGCUAGGACCAUGUCAGUUCCCUUGCCUCACAGGCUUAUGGGUGAUGAUUCAAUUACUUUGGGGCCUCAAGGUGGUCUUGCCAGAGAAAUGUCAAGUAGAGGUCCACCGGCAAUGUCAAGCACUCCGGUGCCUGAUCUGUCUUCUGGUGUUGGUGAAUCUAGAAGAAUGACAGUGGGUAUGAACGGUUUCAGUUCUUUAUCAGAGCGAACUGUUUAUGGUUCUAGAGAGGAUCUAAUGCCAAGAUACCUUCCAGAUAAAUUUGCAGGCCCAACUGCUUUUGAUCAAAUGAGUGCUCAGGAGCAUAACAUCAAUUUUGCUAAUAGGGAUACAAGGACCCCAGAUCGAAGUUUUGACAGACCUGUUACAACUUCACCACCCACACGAGGCCAGGGACAAGCUUCCACUCCUAAUGUUUCAUCUGAGAAGGUGUGUUCAAGAGAACAACUGCAAGAUAUGUCCUUGGCAGCAAUUAAAGAAUUUUACAGUGCCAGGGAUGAGGAAGAAGUUGCUUCGUGCAUUAAGGAAUUGAAUUCCCCAAGCUUCCAUCCUUCAAUGGUCUCUCUCUGGGUUACAGACUCUUUUGAGAGGAAGGACAUGGAAAGGGAUCUUUUGGCAAGGCUUCUGGUUAAUCUUGCAAAAUCUGAGGACAGCAUGUUAAGUCCAGUUCAGCUCACGAAAGGGUUUGAAUCUGUUCUUAGUACUUUGGAGGAUGCGGUAAAUGAUGCCCCAAAAGCAGCAGAAUUUCUUGGCCGUAUCUUUGGGCAAGUCAUUGUUGAGAAUGUAAUACCCUUGAGAGACAUAGGGCGAAUGUUGUAUGAAGGAGGAGAGGAGCCUGGACGACUUAUACGAAUUGGGCUUGCUGGUGAUGUUCUUGGUAGCGUAUUAGAGAAUGUUAAAUCAAUUAAAGGAGAAACUGAAUUAAAUGAGAUUCGAAUGAGCUCCAAUUUGAGAUUGGAGGAUUUCCGGCCUCCAGAUCCCAAAAGAUCAAGGAUAUUAGAAAAUUUAUUUAGAGGAUAGUGAUGCUGAUUGUAUCUUGUUAGAAGAAAUUCAUCCACAGUGCUUUUAGGGUACCUGUUAAUUUUGCGAAAAUAUUUUUCUUGGUGGGUGGGGGUGGGAUUUGGUAUGGCAGGCAGCAGUAUGGGGCUUUCCUUCUCCAUGCCUUAUAUUGUUUCUUCAAAGUAUUAACUGCAAUUAUGAAACGGGUUCAAUCCAGCAUCAAAAUGGUUUUUUUUUUUUUUUGGUUGGUACAAAGUUGCUGUCUGUUUUCUUUUGUGAUCAAUCCUCAUUACCUGCCUUCUUGUUGAUGAUCGACUAUUGGGUAGUCUUGAUACUUGGUACCAUUUUGGGUACUUUUCUCUCUUAACAGACAUUGGACGAUGCUACACAUCUACAGGAUUAUGGACAUAUCUUAUUCUUACUUUUCAGUACACAAUAAUAUUGUAAAGCUUGUGUGUAGCAGGUUUCUAGCUUGUAUCCUCGUGCAGAUUACAUAGGGUUUGAUUACAUAGGUACAUCCAGGGCUUUAAUUCAAAACAUUUCAAUGAAAAACUAGUAUUUCUAGUUUCAGUUGGAUCAGAAUAUUUAUAUCUCCGAAAUUUAGUUCCA